AUGGCUGCUGCUUUGGUAUCUCAAGAAAAUGUUGUAGCUUCUUUGGUGUCUCGUACGGGGAGGCAUUUGCAGCGGUAUAAUAAAGGUCGUCGUCAAGUUGUAGGAUGUGUACCGUACAGAUACAAAGUUGGGAACCCAAAUUCUUUGGAGGGUGAAGAUGAGUUACAAGUUCUUGUCAUUAGUUCACAGAAAGGAAAGGGGCUGUUGUUUCCUAAGGGAGGUUGGGAAUUGGAUGAAACCAUAACACAAGCAGCUCAGCGAGAGACAUACGAGGAAGCUGGGGUUAAAGGCAUUGUUGAGCGCCAAUUAGGUGAAUGGACCUUCCAGAGCAGAACUCACGGCACUGAUUAUGAAGGAUUCAUGUUCCCUUUACUUGUUACGGAGGUGAGUGCGAGAGAAGCAAGAGAAUGCUGCCAGCAUUGGUGGAUGAAGGAAGCCUUAGAUGUACUAGUUGACCGUCUCGCAGGUCGGCAACAACUUGAUGAGGAAGAAGUAGUAACUGAUGAUUUGACGAGACCUGAGCACAUUGAGGCAAUUCGUGCUUAUAUUAUUUUCCCCAUGGAAAGCUUCACAUCAGGCUACUGUCAGCUUUCACCGUGUCUUCUUAAGCUUAAAACAAAAGUUCAGAAAAUUGAACUGAGGAACCAAUCUGACGAAGAAGAAAGAUUGUUGUAA